GAUUUCAGUGUCUAAACGCUUUCCAUAAACGCUAGUUCAUUCGAACGUUAACGCGGUUUCCGUACUCAGCGCGGUUUUGGGGUUUUGGUUGCAAAGAGGAGAAUCAUCGAUUCCGGUUUUGGGGUUUUGGUUGCAAAGAGGAGAAUCAUCGAUUCCUGUUGGGGUUUUGGUUGCAAAAGGAUAAUCAUCGGUUCCUGUCGCAUGACUUCUGACCAUAGUACUCAGAGAGAUCCAAAGAUGGUGAUUCUUGAUGAUCAAGCGUCGUCCAAUGUGGGUUCUCUACCCUUGGAUAAGAGGAAAACGAGGAAGAGAAAGGACGGGCCUAAGAAUGUUGCUGAAACACUUGCGAAAUGGAAGGAGUAUAACAAAAAACUCGAUUUUAUGGAGGGAGGAGGGAAGCGUUUGCGCAAAGCUCCUGCGAAGGGAUCAAAGAAAGGGUGCAUGAAGGGCAAAGGCGGGCCAGAAAACGUACGGUGUAACUAUAGAGGCGUCCGGCAGAGAACAUGGGGGAAAUGGGUAGCUGAGAUUCGGGUGCCAAAACGAGGAAGCAGGCUUUGGUUGGGCACUUAUGGCACCGCGAUUGAAGCUGCACUAGCGUAUGAUGAAGCUGCUAGAGCAAUGUAUGGUCCUUGCGCCCGCCUAAACCUUCCAAAUUACACCAAAACCGAAUGCUCUUGCUUGCCUUCUGCAUCGGCAUCAGACUCCACCGUGGCUUCUAGCCUCUCCGAGAUAGAAACCGCAGCUUCUUCCAACAUAGAGCCACUCCACUCGGACAAAGGGGAUGGAGGCAAGGCAAAAACCGAAGAACCAUUUGAUCUUACUGCAAAUCUAGAUGACUUCUCUUGGGAUGAAAUGUUCAAUGUGGAUGACAUCUUAGGCGUUUUGAACACUCCCCUCAAUGUCCCCGGUGAUACACCGGGCUCGGGCACUAGAUCACUGGAAGAUCUGAGCUUUCUGAACCAAGAAAGGGAAGACGAUUCGCGCUUCGACUUGGAUGGUGUUGGGUUUCUUGACUUCAAUUCAGAACUGGGCAUUUGGUGAGAAAGGAAUUGAAGCUUGUAAGAUAUGAAUUGAAGAAGAGCCUGUAAGAAUCUCAUGGAGUGUAAAAUAGUGCUGUGAUUAUGAUCCUCAGAUCUUGAUUUGGAGCUGUGAUUUCCUCUUAAAUUUGCUAUUUCUCUUAAGUUUUUGGAAUGGGGAGAUCGAAUUGAUUGUUAACUACACUACGUUGGUGAUUCAAAUUCUUUGUGUAUAAUACUAAUGACUCUAACCCGAUUUAUUUGCAUUCUUGAAA